AAGAAGAAGAAGAAUCAAAAGAAGAAGAAGAAGAAGAAGAAGAAGAAGAAGAAGCAGCGGAUCGUUUUCCUGCCCCCUCCCUGAACAGCAGAGGCUCCAUUUUGUUUGAUUUUUGCGGUCAAAUUCGACAGCUAGCAAGGAAAACACCGCCAGGACCACUUAAAAGGUAACCGUUAACAACAUCAACUAUGAGUGGAUGUCGUAUUUUCAUCGGCCGUUUGAGCCCAUCGGCCAGAGAGAAGGAUGUCGAGAGGUUCUUCAAGGGAUACGGCCGCAUCCGAGACAUCGACCUCAAGAGAGGCUUUGGGUUUGUGGAGUUUGACGACCCCCGAGACGCUGAAGAUGCAGUUUAUGAGCUUGAUGGCAAAGAGUUGUGCAAUGAAAGGGUGACCAUUGAGCAUGCUCGUGUACGUCUGCGAGGCGGUCGUGGCCGAGGAGGCGGCAGUGCAGGAGGACGUUUCUCUGAUCGCUAUGGCCGAGGCUCCCAGAACAGUCGGAGCCGAAACCCUCCUCCCAUGCGCACUGAGAACCGCCUCAUCGUGGAGAACUUGUCCUCUCGUGUCAGCUGGCAGGACCUGAAAGAUUUCAUGAGACAAGCUGGAGAGGUGACAUUUGCAGACGCACAUCGCCCCAAGCUCAACGAAGGGGUCGUUGAGUUUGCCUCUUCCAGCGAUCUUAAAAACGCCAUGGACAAACUGUCUGGAAAGGAAAUCAAUGGCAGGAAAAUCAAGCUCAUUGAGGCAGCCAGGAAGAGGUCGAGAAGUCGUUCCCGUUCUGAGAGCUCAUCUCGCUCACGGUCCCGUUCUCGUGGUCGCUCUCCAUCUCGCUCCCCCAGACGCUCCCGCAGCCCCCCCCACAAGGCCCACAACCGUUCCCGCUCCCCCAGCGGCUCCCCUGCCGGCGGCGCCUCCUCUCCAACCCACAAAUCAAAGGAUCCCCCGAAGAGGUCCUCCAAGACGAGCAAGUCUGCCACCCCGCCCUCCCCAAUGCCCGCUCAGAGAGCCUCCAUCUCCCGUUCCCGCUCUCGUUCCCGCUCCCGUUCCCGCUCUCGCUCUCAUUCUACUGACAGCCAGCGCUAAACCCCGCGUUUAAGUGUGAAUGGGAAUCGACAGUAGAAACGACUUGAUUCGGCGGUGGAAUCAGCUUGGAGGAGUUGGCACACUGGAGCUCCCGCGACCCUUUUCUGAAAGCCGAGAAGAAAAGAGAGCUUCCUUCGAGUAAAGUUAGUUUUUCCUGUCUGGAUCGCCAUAACUAUCCUCGCGUUUAAAACACAGGACGAUGAUAUUCAGUCAUAUUUCAUUGUCAUAAUCAUUAGAGGGCGUUUAAAUAAUAUUACUUAAACAGAAGACACUUGAUGUACAGUGAUGCUGUUUGUCGGCCCCCUCAUUACCCAUAUGUACGUUUACACUCGUGACUCGUUGCAUCCGAAUUUAUUCAUCCUGCUCGGCUGCAGGUCGACGGCUGCGCCAUCAAUUCUGCUCUCAAAAUGCCCAAGUGAACCAGCAUCAGGUUUAAUUGUUAUUGGGUCUGUAAAGUUAGUAAUCUCUACACUUUGAAACACUUUUGAAGAGGGGGGGGGGGAAUCUGUAUUUUUCGGUGCUUUUGUUAAGUCGUGACCACUUUUUUUUUUUUUUUUUUUUUUUUUUUUUUUGCGAUACUUUUGCUCGUCGGGAGAAUUUUUAAUCUGUUUCCAUAUUUUUUUGUCAUCAAUGUUUUCAAAGUCCUUUUCGCCUCCUUUUUUCCACUUGUGUUUUUUUGCCCUACUGUACCCACAGCUGGUGUGUGUGUGUGUGUGUGUGUGAUCUCUAUACCUGAGGAUGCUUGCAUGUCGAAGUUUAGAAUUAUUAUUGUUAAAUAUUUUUCUUUUGUGCUUAGAGCUCAAAUACAAACCACCAUCAUAUCUGGCGUUAUCAGUAUCAACAACACUGUACAAUUAAGCACAUUGUCCCCGUCAAUCAGCUGUUAAUGUCAUGGAGCUUACAUUUACAUGUAGGUCACAGUUAAACUUCUACUUUGUCCUUUUUGAGGAUAAUGUCAACACUUUAAUUUCAACACCUGAAGAAUGGUGUUGCAUAAAUAAUGCAGUUUAUUCUAGCAUUGUAAUUAAAGUUUUUUUUUUUUUUCUUCGUUUAAUUUUUGGCGGGGGGGGGGGUUUAGGUUUUUUUUGUGUACAGCAUUGCAGACUUUUGUUUUACAUAAGUGUAUAAUGUAAUUCCAAGAAUGCUGGUUGGUACUGUGACUGAUGUAACUGUGGUUUAAUGAACGUGUAGACAACAGUUUGAAAAAAAAAGCAACAUUUUUGUACGUAAGGAUUUUAUUUUCAGUGAAAAAUAUGAUUGACGUUUGUAUGGUGUAGGAAGAUGGACGUUGGACUUAAAACAAUAAAACGAUUUUAAAUAAA